AUGUCUGAAGGUGUUCAGAGAGUAGUGGUGAUCCAAGAUGUAUCGCGGGAUAUGAGUCCGAUAGCAAUCAGAUUGGUCCUUAAUGGAUUUUCCCUUAAGCCUGGAGAUGCAAUCAUACUCUUAGGAGUUCUUCACCAGGUUAAUAAUCCUAGUACGUUAUCUUUCACUGAAGGUGAAACCGUGGGAUACAGGUUCAAGGUGGACUCAAAAUCAAUGUUUGGGGCUAACCCCAAAUUCAUUGAAGAAGAAGUUUCCAGGAAGACGGAAGAGUAUGUUAACAAUGUGGAAAUACUGGAAAUAGCUAAGCAGUGUGAAAUGGAACAGAUUGAGUUCCGUGUAGAAGUUCGUGCUGGAUCUACGCCAAAGGAGCUUGCUCUAAAAGCUGCUAAAAUUUUCAGGGCCACAUGGGUGAUACUUGACAGGCAAAUGAAGAAAGACAAGAGAUACUUUAUGGACAAGCUUCCAUGUGGGAUAUCAAGGAUGAAGCGUAACAACACCAUCGAACAACUCAGAGGUUCGAAAACAAGAGAGAACAUAAAAUUAAAUGAAAAGGAGGAAGAAAGGGUACCGUAUGAUGAAAUGAUACCAGGGAGCCCAAAGCGCAGAAGGUCUGCCCGCAAACCCCCAGCUCCUCCCAGCACUGGUGCAGUCAGAGAACAACAAUUCAAUCACGGUGAAGAAAUAACUCAUGAAAAUCACAGGAGAUCAGAUUCAUUCUCUAAAUCCGCAUCAACUAGUCAGUUCAUGAUGACUACAGCUUCAUCUUCAACUUCAACUACAGGUUAUCAUGAACAUGACACUUCAAGUUCUACUUCUAAAACCGCAAAGCAUGCCUACUUGAAUUUUCAAUGGAAAGAAAACACUGCCAACACACAACAAGAAACAGCAGGAAAACAUUCCCUGGCUGCAAAUACUAAGUUUGAGCAGAAGGAAAGGGAGGCAGAGAGCCUAAAUGAACAACAAAGACGACAAAAGAACAUUGAUAAUUGGAUGGGAGAGAGUCCUACAGAUGAGGUAUUCAAAAAUUCCAUUUGCUUAGUUUGCAAGAAUAGACGGCCAAAGAUAGGAUGGAAGAGAGACUUCAGUUAUAAAGAGAUCCAUGCUGCAACAGAAGGAUUUUCCCAAACGAAAUUCCUAUCAGAAGGUGGUUUUGGCUCUGUCUACAGAGGCGAUCUGGAUGGACUGGCUUUUGCUGUGAAGCAGCACAACAGCGCAAGUUUCCAAGGAGAAAAGGAAUUCAAGUCUGAAGUUGAAGUGCUCAGCAAAGCCAGACAUGAGAAUUUGGUCAUGCUGUUGGGAUCUUGUUCUGAAGGAAACGACAGGCUGCUUGUUUAUGAAUAUGUGUGCAAUGGUUCACUGGACCAACAUUUAUCAAAACAUGCGCGCAAGCCCCUCACCUGGGAAAAGAGGAUGAAGAUAGCUUUGGGAGCUGCCAGAGGGCUAAAAUAUCUGCAUGAAAACAAUAUUAUCCACAGAGAUAUGAGGCCAAACAACAUUCUCAUAACCCAUGAUCAUGAAGCACUGCUUGGAGAUUUCGGUCUUGCAAGAACUCAACACGAAGAUUCAGAGCCGUCCUUGGAGACAAGAGUUGUUGGAACUCUUGGAUACUUGGCACCAGAAUAUGCAGAAUGUGGGAAGGUGUCAACCAAGACAGAUGUUUAUGCUUUUGGUGUGGUGCUAUUGCAGCUGAUCACAGGACUAAAGACUACAGACAAAAUACUAGGAGGGAAAAGUCUUGUAGGAUGGGCAAGGCCGCUGCUGAAAGAAAGAAACUACCCAGAUUUAAUUGAUCAGAGGAUCUUAGAGUCCCACGAUGUCCAUCAACUCUUUUGGAUGGUUCGAGUGGCAGAAAAAUGUCUCAGCAAGGAUCCUCAGAAGCGAUUAACUAUGGAUAAGGUGGUUUAUGCCCUGAACUACAUAAUAGAAAGCAACUCAACGUGCAGUCUUGGAGAACUAACCCCAGCAAAAUCAGAUUCACCAAGCAGUGUACAGGACUCCUAUGAAUCUUAUGAUGAUACUACUAGCUUUACCAUAGAAACCUUCUCUCCGGGCUUUCCUACAGAUACUACGUCCACCAGUAGCACGAGUCCAAGACUUCCACCACCACCCCCAAUAAACUUUGUCCACCACCUUCAUUAUUAG